AUGUCUCUUUACGGCGACUUACCUCCUCCUACACAUUCAACUCCCAGUGCCGACAAAGAGGAAACCCAACAAUCCGCUUUAGAAACGCAAUCUACGAAUUCGAAAUCUUCAAAAUCUGCUCUUCCAGUUGGUUGGACUCCAGGAACUUUACGUUUUAUGCCUACUAUUCAAAGAAAGCCUGUUAUUCAAGCAAAGCCAAAACUUAUUCCCAAGGCCUCUGUAACUUCUCCAAAUCCUCCCUCCGUUUCGACCUCUUCAACCCAAAACAACGCUCCUACUUCUAAUCUAAACAGUGGAAAAAAACAAGGAAAAGGUGUUAAUAAAAGGCAGCAAGCUCCUUUAACAUUAGAAGAUGAUUAUGACCCUACACGUCCAAAUGAUUAUGAAGAAUAUAAAGAAUAUGAAAAAAGACGUAAAGAAGCUGUUUAUCAUGAAGAACAUUCCAGACGUAGAUCAAUGAGUCCUGAACCUAGGCAACGUUCACCACCUCUAGUUGAAACACCUGUUCAAGAAGCUCCUAGACCACGUACUCCACCUGCCAAGAUCGAUUUAGAUAUAACAGGUGAAGAGGCAUUUUUACGAAGAGCUAGAUUAAGUAAUCGCGUUAGUGAGACAACCCAAAAAUCCCCCGAGCCAAAAGUUACAUCUGGUCCAUCUUCUGGUGAAGAUUUUGCUCAUCGAAUACUUGCUAAAUACGGUUGGCAGGAAGGUCUAGGAAAAGAUGAACAAGGUAUUAAUGAACCUUUGAAGGUCCAAAAAACGGACUAUAGAUCAGGAAUCAUCGUUAAUACGUCCACUAACAUACCGGAAGCAAAAUCUACGGCGAAAAUUGACUCUGCUUCUUCAAAUGUUGAAGUUCCUUCAAGAGUUGGUCCUGGUGAAGUGGAUGAUACUCUUCAAGAGGAAACGGCCGAUGAAUGCAAUGAAAAAUAUGGUGCUGUAGAACGUUGCCUUAUCUUUGAGGUACCUAAUGGCAAGUUGCCAGAUGAUCAAGCUGUAAGGAUAUUUGUGAAAUUUGUAGCACAAGCUGCUGCAGUAAAGGCAAAGAAAGAUCUUAAUGGUCGUUUCUUUGGAGGUUUAAUAAUAUUGGUCCCAACUUCUGUUUCUCAAGCUACCAUUUGUUUUUCUGCAAUUGAUAAUAUUUCAAUUGCUUGA